AUGUCUGCCUAUCGCGUCAGAUUUGCAAACACGGUCUGCGCACCUUCGCCAAGUGCCGAGAUUGCUUCCAUUUUAGAUCCCUCCGUCGCCCUUCCCUCAGACCGAGCCUUACGCAAGCGGAGUCGGUCAGGGUGUUUUCAAUGCAAGAAAGCUAAGGUCAAGUGCGACGAGUUAUUCCCGGUCUGUCUACGUUGUCUGCAACGCCAUUUGCUCUGCAAAUCAUCUCCACGAUUGUCAACAUGGCAGGUCGAAAUGCGCUGGGUUCCGUCCACCUUAGGCGCAAUCGUGAAGGUGCCUCUCCUCCAAUACUGGCUAGAACAGGCUAGCCAGAUGCUGGUCAUUGAUCCCGAAAAUAACCCUUUUUCCUUUCCGAUCAUUCGAUAUCUGACGGAAGCCCCAUCGCUUUUACAUAUUAUUCAGUCCCUCGGUGCAGCUCACCAAGAAUACUUCCCUGCACGCGGACCAAUCGUCAGCUUGGAAGAAAAGGGGAGGGCGCUUCAAAUGCUCCAGCGGGAGAUGGUCCAAUCGAAGAAACCUGAAGAGUGCUUUCUUACUAUCUCCCUUCUCGGUCUAUCUCACUGGGCAAACUCAGACCCACGGGACUUUGGCCAGCAACACCUUUUCGCAGCACGUGGCAUUACCGAUCACCUCCUUUCCCGCGACCGGGAUAUCUUCCACCAGCCUGGGAAUGGGAAUGAUAAUUUACUCGCAACCUGUUUUGGCUCUUUCCUUUAUUGGGAUAUGUGUUGCGCCCAUCUUGUGGAUGCUCGACAACAACGCCCUCUAGACACAACCCCGAUAGCACAAGCUGUUCGUGCGCUCAGGGCCAUGGAGCACCCUACCUAUGGUCCCGCCGCUGAGCUAAUAUAUAUUCUAUGUCAGGUUGGUCGUUACUGCCGAGAGGUGAUUCAGUUAGGUCACCAGGAUAUCAUCAAAGCGACAGCGCUUCACCAACAGCUCUGUGCUUUCCCAGUACUGCGGAACAAUAGUUCACUUGCGCUAUUAUACGACUCCUUUAAAAUGCACGGGCUUAUUCUCCUCUAUCGUAACAGUGUGCACUCUGCCAGAUUGGAGGACGAGACGAAAGAAGACCGAAUCCACAAAUAUGCUAUCAAGAUUGCCUGCAAUCUCUCAGAAAUUCCCCUGAGUUCAAAUUUACUAAACAUUCAAGCUCUACCUCUGCUCACAGCUGCAUCGGAACUCCGCUCCUACGACACCGAACUGCGACAAGCCUUGGUGGCGCGAUUUAAGGCUAUCUAUUCAAUGAAUCGAGUGCCUUCGACCCUUCUAGCAAUCUCACUAUUAGAAGAGAUAUGGGAAAUCCGCGAUACCGGGCUGGAAGCAAGCUGGAUGGGAUACAUGAUUCUUACAAAGAAAUGGUCCCUUUUGCUGGGGUGA